UGCGUUUUGUGCUGUGUGUUUAAGUGCGCGAUCAUUGUUGGAGUUGCUCAAGAAAAAAUUAAACGGAGUCGGAGACCGCGAGGUUCUGAUCGACUAGUGCUCCGAUUGGUUGCUUCCAAAAGCCAAACAAAGAGAGAGGUGUUUGAUAAAAUGCGCAACUGAAAGAAAUCGAAGAACAUAGCGGCAGCCACAAUGUGUCAGAUACGUGUUUGUAAUGUUUUGAUUACCACUCUCUACAUUGUCUGGAUUGCUAUCGGUGGUUCGGGUUUAAGCCAUGGAAGCCUGAUAGACAACAAGGUUCUGAAUGUUGGGGAAGAGCUAUGGAGGGAGACUCUGCCACUACGUAUGGGUUCGCGGCUUUACCGGCUUCAAGGGAUCAAGCCUGAUACUUGGUAUGAAGUGAAGAUAUCAUAUCCAGCUUCUAUACCUGCUAGCUUUUCCAUACAACUCAAGAGAGGGGACUUGGAAUUGCCUUUGAAUGGGAACAGAAGAUUACUGAACACAGAAAAGCUGAUUUUCAAGAGCGAAAAUGAUCAGGGUGGCAUGUAUGUGUUGGUGUCGGUGGAGCCUGAGGGGGUUGUUGCCAUACCAAAUGUGCAGGAGAGGGAGUACAUCAUUUUCAACAUAGUUUGUGAUGAACUAUUGCUGGGGAUUCCUCAUCAAGCUUGGUGGGUUGUAGGCUUUGUGGUUGUGUGUUUGGUUUUGGCCUUCAUCAUACCCUCAUUUCUUCCACCCUUUUUGUUACGAGCACUCGAUCAGAAUGCUUCGAAAGAUUCUUGAAUAUGACUCUGACUCGAAACCAGUGGCCGACACCAUCAAAUUUUGAAGAUCAUUUCACUGAGGUUCCGAGCAGAGGUAUCGAAAGUAUGAUAAAUUUUCAGUUGGCUGCCGUAGAUUGUUUUGAAUCACUUCUGGGCAUCAAUGGGGCUUCUCAGUUUUUUCUUUUUCUCUCUUACAAAUGAUUAGAUGAAGUAGACUUGUUAGCUUCAAAAUUUCUUCCUCUCUCUUGUUAUAGAUAGAUUGGCACAUUAUAUGUUCAGUUCGGUAUGCAUUGAAAUCAAUAGAAUACCACUUCGUUUUUCGUUA